AUGAACGAUUUGAAGAUGGGUUUCAAACAUACGCUUUUGGAACGUUUACAUGGUUUAGAAAUGGCUUUGCCGCAUAAAUCUAACGGUAAUCCAAAGAAUAUGGAAACGAUCAAUAAUACGCAAGUUACUGAUUUCAGUAUACAAAGAAUUUUAGGAGAAGUUAAAGAGAAAACCUCACAAUCAACAUCAAAUAUAUUGGAUUUAUCAAAAAAUAAAUCUUCUCAUAGCCAAGCUCAACCAGUUGUCACAAAUCCUCCGACCGCUUUAGAGCUACCGUACUUCAAUCCAGCGAACUGUGGAAUGUUAAAUCCAGGCUUUUUGGCAGCGGUAGCAGCAGCGAAUGCUCAAAAAUUUUACGCGCAAUUCUUUCCGCAUAUGUUUACUGCCGCCGGGAUUUACACAAACAAUGCUAACAGCAACUUUAAUCGUUUACCACAGCAUAAUUCUUAUGCGAGACGGUAUUUUGCUCCUUACAUAUUAAGUCCACCUAUAAAUAACGUUACGUCAACUCAACUGCAGCAACGAUUAACAUCGUCAACCCGUCUCCCCAACUCGGAGCAUAUAUCACAACAUCCGGCUUCUUCCAAAUUUGUAUGUGCACGCAGUAAUUGCUUAGACUGUUUAAAUUCAUUUUACAAGCACUCUUCAGUGACGACUUCAUAUCCAUAUAAUUCGUCUUUAAUGUUUCCUGCGGUUACAACCACAUCUGUAAGCACUACGAACACAUACCUAGAGAAAUCGAAACCAACCACUGAUUUAAUAUUGGAGUCAUCCUCAAAUCUAGCCUUGACAGCUGCAACCAAUAUUCAAGUGACUGCAACUAGAAAAGUGUCGUCAAGCAGCGCUUUUGAUCCGCCCUCAACUUUAAUUUCCAAUACCGAAGAAAUUAGUUAUAAAUGCCGAAUUUGUGAAAAGGUUUUCGGCUGUUCACAAACGUUACAGGCGCACGAGAAAACCCAUAAAUCACCGCGUUAUGAGUGCUCCGAUUGCGGUAAAGGAUUCUCCCAAUUGCGCAAUUAUAAGUAUCAUUUAUCCGUUCAUCGAGGUACCAAAGAAUUUGCCGCUGAAUGUCCAGAAUGCGGUAAAACAUUUAAUGACAAAGGUUAUCUUAGCAGUCAUAUGAAAAUACAUCGUAAUAAGAAAGAAUACGAGUGCCCUUACUGCCCGAAAUCGUUUAAUCAACGUGUUGCAUUCAACAUGCAUGUACGCAUUCAUACUGGCGUUAAGCCGCAUAAAUGCGUCGAAUGCGGUAAACGUUUCUCGCGGAAAAUGCUUUUGAAGCAACACAUGCGUACGCAUAGCGGUGAAAAGCCAUAUCAAUGUUCGGUUUGUGGCAAAUCGUUCGCCGAUCGAAGUAAUAUGACUUUACAUCAUCGUUUGCAUUCAGGCAUUAAACCGUUUAAUUGUCCCAUUUGCCCGAAAGCAUUUACGAAGAAACAUCAUUUGAAAACACAUCUGAACUAUCAUACCGGUUGUAAGCCGUAUGUGUGUCCACAUCCAAAUUGCAAUCAAGCGUUUACACAGUCUAGCAAUAUGCGGACACAUGCCAAGAAAUGUCAAUAUAAACCGUUACAAUUGCCAUAUCCGGCGGCAACCAAUGCAACGGUUUCAGCGAUAAAUUCACCAGCCAAUGCAUUGAUGAGCAAUACGUUAUCAUCGUUAGCGAUUCAUAAUAAUAACGGUUUGAUUGUAAACGCAUCAGCAUCGACGGCAGCAGCAACGGCGACUUUACAAGCUAACAGCAACAUUCCUGUAAUACCAUCAACGACUUUAUCGGCCGGAAUUCGGAUGUUAAAUAGUGCAGCGUCUGCGGCCGCAGUUGCAGUCACUCCGUCAAUUGCCGGGCAAUCUGCUGCAUUUCCGCCUGCUCAACAACCUUUGCUAUCUACGCUGCGUCCGUUUUAA